GAAGAACCAAGAGAAAAAAAACAUACAAAUUUGACAGUCGCGCAUCUCCCACAUACAUUGAAAAUGGGCCCAUUUUCAGUGGUGUGCCCGUGUGUUGGUGGCCCUAAAUAUAAAACAUUGCACACUUGCACUUCAAAAGACUUUCAAGUUUGUUUUUGUUUUUACCUCGAAAUUAUUUUUCGUUCAGUUUAAAUCGCUUUGAAUUUUUUCGUGCACAGAAAAACAAACAAACAACAACAACACGCUCAUUCCAUAAAAAUUAAGUUUUCCACAAAACGAUUUGAAGGAAUAAUCAAUUCGCUUGGAUGAUUAUUUAUCUGUUAAAAUAAAACAGGAAAAAAAAACAAUAUCGGCGACAUGGAUUUGGAGUCACCACAUAUUGCUAUACUGCAGGAUUUGAGGUUGCAAGCAUUUGAUGGUAUUCGGUUUGCAUCGUACCGCACGGCCUCCAAAUUGCGUUACAUUCAAAAAUCAACAAAUCUGCAUCUGGUGGAUAUUUGGAAUGUGAUUGAAGCAUUCCGUGAAAAUGGAUUGAAUACGAUGGAGCCACAUAGUGAUGUGAGCGUUGCUCGUCUGGAAACAUUGGUAUCCUCGCUCUACCACAAUUUGAACAAGCGAUUGACGACCGCCCAACAAGUCGAUUCCAAAGCUAGCCUUCUUUUGAACUGGCUUAUAGCUGCUUAUUCACAUGAUAAUACCGGUAAAAUGCGGGUAUUUUCGAUCAAAGUCGCUCUGGCAAUCAUGUGUGCGGGGAAGUUAGUCGAUAAGCUUCGAUAUAUAUUUUCCCAAAUUUCCGACGGAACUGGUCAGCUGGUGCAUAGCAAACUAGGUGAUUUUUUACGUGAAGUGUUAGCAAUCCCAGCCGCGGUGUAUGAAUCACCGACAUUCAAUUACAAAGACAAUUUGGAAUGUGAAUUAUUUUCACGUGAUACAAAGGUGUCGGUUAACGAUUUUAUUAGUGCACUCAUCACGGAGCCAGGACCAUCGUGUUUGGUAUGGUUACCAUUGUUGCAACGCUUUUCAACGGUCGAAUCAAUUGUUCAUCCAACCAUUUGUUCGGCGUGUCAUCGUGAGAAUUUCAGUGGUUUUCGGUAUCGUUGCCAACGGUGUAACAACUACCAAUUGUGUCAGGAUUGCUUUUGGCAUGGACGUGUCUCGCAAGGCCAUCAAAAUGAUCACGAAGUGAAAGAGUAUACAAAUUACAAAUCACCAAGCAAACAAAUCGGUUACACAUUGCGCAAGAGCUUUCGAUGUGUCCCCGAGAAGCCAACGCAAGCAAUACCAAGAUUCCCGGAAAAACCGGAAAAAACGUUGAAUCUGUCACACAUUGUGCCACCAUCGCCAUUGCCAUCACACAACGGAUUCUCGGAUGGAUCCGGUGGCAUGCUUAUACCACCAUUCGAUCGAGGUAGUACAUUAGAUUCACGUGGCACAUAUGGCCGAUCGCUGGAUAGCUCAGGCCCGGGAAGCGGCAGUGUACUACAUCACUAUAAUGUUGGUGGUAGUUCAUCACUUCCCAGAUCGAGCACAUCCAACGAUGAGGAACACCGACUGAUUGCACGAUACGCAGCUCGAUUGGCUCAAGAGAGUCGAUCACCAAAUGCGGCUAAUGCCAAUGUUACAAUUAAUCCAUUGAAAAAUGAUAAAAAUUCACUUGGUUCUGACUCGUCACGUGCACAACGUGAACUAAUCGCCCAAUUGGAGGCUAAAAACAAAGAAAUUAUGCGAGAAAUUCAACGACUUCGACGCCAACAAGACGCCGAACAAUUAACACAAGAAAGUCCAGCUUUAAUGACGGAAUUGCGGGCACUGAGACAACGCAAAGGCGAACUCGAAGGACAUUUGGGACAAUUGCAAGAUUCGAGGCGACAAUUGAUGGGACAAUUGGAGAGUUUGAUGAAAAUGUUGAAAAACCAGCAAACAUCAUCUAGUCCUCGAUCGACGCCCAAUUCGAGUUCUCCGAUAAAUGAUCCGCAUACACUUCAAUUGCAUGACAAGCUACUUCACUAGUCGAUAAACUUUGAUAUAUAUUUUCCCAAAUUUCCGACGGAACUGGUCAGCUGGUGCAUAGCAAACUAGGUGAUUUUUACGCAAUUGUGAAACGCACCAAACGAAAUUUUUGUUUCUCCAGCUGCUUUUGGAAAGUGUACAUCAUUCAAGGCUUGUUAUCCAUAUUUCAAAAAAAAUUCCAAACUUCUCGCAAUUCGAACAGUGGAUAUUGGGGCAGUAUGAUACAUGCACAUACUACACUGCAGACGGUCGGCAAGAGUCCACCAAUUCCGCCACAACCACAACAGCCAAAUAUGAAGCAACCAGAUACACAAACCAAUUCAACAGUAAAUCACCAAUUGUCAUAGCCACAAGGCACGGUUUAAAUGAUUAAUCCAUUCCUAACGAAAAAUAAAACCGCCGCCGGCGCUGAGUUUUUAUGAAUUAAUUCACAUUUUUACGCACUUAAAGAUUUUCACGUUCUCGAUACCUUUCAACUACGGUACUCUAAUAUUUAUGAAGAAAAAGGAUAAAAAAUAACACAUAAAACGCAUAUAAACCCAAUUCCAAAUCAGAAGAAGAAAUAAUUCCAAAUUAUGUAAAUAAGUUCUAGAAAGACAUAACAACAGAUUUGUUUAGUAAACGAAUUAACAGCCAACCUAAUCAUUCAGUUCGGAUGGCAAUUUUUCAUUUGAUGCAAACUAAAUUGUCACAUGAUAUUAUUACAUCACACAGAUUUCCAAAUUAUAUUUAUUUCAACAAAACAAAUUCGAAAAAAAAGAAAAUGAAAAAAAAAGAUAAAUUGAUCGAGAUUAUGGGAUCGAUGAGCUAGUCUAGUAAAAAUCGUAGAUAAAGUUUUUAUAAAUUAUAUUAACGAUUUGUAUAAAUUAAUGUGAAUGGAUAUAAGACAUUCCAUAAGGAAAGAAGAAUCGUGCGACGAAUCGCCACACUUCCAUUUUUAAUGACGAAGAUGUGAUUGAAAACGCAGAACGAAGGAAACAGACAAAUUGAUUGGUGUCAACAAUGACAAGUAUCCCGAAGUCAUACUGAACAGUGGCGAAAAACAAAAUCAAACAAUAUUAGGAAAGAAAAUGAUAAUGACGAAAAGUGUCCACAUUUUUACGGACAAAACCACUUACCCAGUCAAAACUUAGAACUUCCAUAACGUUUAGAUAUACAAAAAAAAAAUAUUUAUUGAUUUGUGUCGUUUUUGUUCUUUGGUGUUAAAUUGUUGUCUAACAAGGCACAGAUUAAAGAAAAACAGAAAAUUUUAUUACAUAUUUUAGUAGCCGCCACCAUUGAAACUCCAAGCUUGUUUGAGAAAAUUGCCAUUCAUCAGAACAUUCCUACAUAUAUAUUCAGCGAACAGAAUCUCAUCACAUUGACCAUUUUUAUACAGUUGACAAUUUACCCAUUGAUGCUGGAUUUGACUUGCCAAUUUUUUUCAUUUUUUCAAAUAUCCAAUUUUGACAAUUUACAAAUUUCUACAAAAAAUGAUUUUUGACAAUAUGGAAUGAAGGCGUUCAACAAAUCCAAAUUUAUAUACUUCAAUUUAAUGCAUUUUGAGACAUUUUAACUGUGGAUUUUUCCCGAUAAAUAUUGGUCCGAAAAAAUGUUUACAUUGUAUUUUUUAUCUAACAAGUGGAAAAGAAAAGUUAAUUUAUUAAUUUUGUUAUUUACAAUAUUUUUGGUAUUUCUUUUUAAAAAUUAAACUAAUAUUUUAUUUCGUCACUAAAAUUGUCGCUUGUACGAAAAAAGAA